AGGACGGGUGUUUCUCGUAUCGUCGUGCUUCUUGUCGCUGAUUUUAUUAAAUUAACUGACGCUAAAAGAGAUACGCGAGAAAGAACAAGUACCGCGUGUGACGAUAUUAUUGAAACGAUAUUGCGUUCAGAACAAUAAAUAUCAUAAUUGAGCAAAUUUCACUCGUAAACGCGGUUUGACUUUGUGACCAUGUCCGCUCUUUUUUAGCAUCAUUUUGCGAUCGCCGUGUUAUUCGCUUUUUAUAGAUUCGGUAUUUUUACGCGCGUCUCAGUUUUCAUUACUUAUCGCGUGUGAUCAGAUGCUUUCCGUAACAUCGCGCAUUUUGUCGUCAAUUUCGUGGAAUCGAGUAAAGCCAAUAAUAUGAAGUGGUAGCAGCAGUUUGAAUAAAGUCGUUUCAAAUUAAACGCGCAAAACUUCAGUUUGCUUCUUGCCAUUUUCGCAUACAAUCAGACGCGUCUCGUUUCAUCGCGUAUUCCGUCACAGAUUUCGCCGAACCGAGUUUUGUCAGAAGUGAAUAAAAAAUAAAUCCCGCAAUAAAUGUUUUGAAAUGGUAAAAAGUAUUGUGUCGCGAGUGCUUGUGUAUUUGUGGUAAGCGGUAUAUGGAGCAUGCCGAGGAUAAACAUCUGAUCAUCUCGACGCAGCAAUUCGAGGAAACAGAGCUCGACGCUAUUCCAGGAAUUCUUACGCGCUACUGGCCGGCGCAAUGAGGCCUGGAGUACUACCGUUACUGGUGUUACUAGCGGUCCUGCUGCAUCCGUCGAGAUGUUCGCAGCCGGCAAAGGUAAACUUCCGGGAGAAGGAGAAGCAAGUGCUCGACAACAUCCUAGGACCAGGCCGGUACGAUGCGCGCAUCCGGCCGAGCGGGGAGAACGGAACAGAUGGGCCGGCCAUUGUCCGGGUAAACCUGUUUGUGCGAAGCAUUGCGACAAUUAGUGACAUCAAGAUGGAAUACUCUGUACAAUUAACAUUUCGGGAACAAUGGUUGGACGAGAGGCUACGGUUUAACGACUUCGGAGGUCGGCUUAAAUAUUUAACCCUGACGGAAGCUAAUCGCGUCUGGAUGCCGGAUCUGUUCUUCUCGAACGAGAAGGAGGGUCACUUCCACAACAUCAUUAUGCCCAACGUAUACAUACGAAUCUUCCCGAACGGCUCCGUUCUUUAUAGCAUACGGAUAUCUUUGACGCUCUCCUGUCCUAUGAAUUUGAAACUGUAUCCCCUGGAUCGACAAGUUUGCUCUCUUCGUAUGGCAAGUUACGGAUGGACGACGAACGAUUUGGUCUUUCUCUGGAAGGAAGGCGACCCCGUACAAGUAGUCAAGAACCUGCACCUGCCCAGGUUCACCCUGGAGAAAUUCCUCACGGAUUACUGUAACAGCAAAACCAACACUGGGGAGUACAGUUGCUUGAAAGUGGACCUGCUGUUCAAGAGGGAAUUCAGUUACUAUCUCAUCCAAAUCUACAUCCCGUGCUGCAUGCUCGUUAUCGUGUCCUGGGUGUCCUUCUGGCUGGAUCAGAGCGCCGUGCCUGCCCGGGUGUCACUAGGCGUUACGACACUGCUGACGAUGGCCACGCAGACAUCGGGGAUAAACGCCUCACUGCCACCGGUCUCCUACACGAAAGCUAUCGACGUCUGGACGGGGGUCUGUCUGACCUUUGUAUUUGGCGCUCUACUCGAGUUCGCGCUGGUCAACUACGCGUCGCGCAGCGACAUGCACAGCGACAACUUGAAGAAGCAGUUUCCGCCGAGUGAGAUGGAGCAUUCGUCGUCGAUCGACCCAACCUCGGAGCUGCUCGAGCCGGACGGAUCCGCCAACUUCGCCAUGCAGCAGCGUCAUCGCUCCGGCAAUCAGCCGAUAUCGCAUCACCACUCGCUGCCGCGUACGUACCAGCAGGACCAUCAGCAGCAUCAUCACCAAUCGCAUCGCCAUCAGCGCUACCACUCGGAACGCUCGCCGUCGCCGUCCUUCUCGCCGCUGAACGACGAGGACUGCGUCGGCGGCCGGUACUCGCCGACGAGAGCGGUGCGACACCACUCGCGCAGGAGCUCGGCGAGAUCUUCGCCGUCGCCGUCGCGAUGGCCGUCGCCGGCCUCCUCGGCGUCGCCCUUGGGCACGCCGUCGCGCACCAUGUCGCGUGCCGCGACGCCCUCGCCGCCGAUCGCGGGGCCGGCGUCGUCUGCGGCGCCCUCGUCCGCGCCGACGGCGACGUCGGCGUCGUCGUCGUCGUGGAACCGCUGUCUCGACGCGCAGCGCAGAAUGUUCACCUGCCGUGCCCAGGGUAGCGCGAGGAUCGACAUCUUUGCGCGCGUUGCCUUCCCCCUCAUGUUCAUUCUCUUCAAUCUCGCGUACUGGUCUAUUUAUCUGGUUCGCGGCGACGACAACAUGGCGGUAAAGAAAUGAGGAAGGAGAGGAAAGCGUGCGACGGUAUCAGAAUCGCGUGUACGACGCGCCAGAUGCGAUCCUCAGAUCCUGGAAGAAACGCCGAGGCGAUUUUGCGCAGCCUGCGAUCUUGAAAUCGCUUUCAACGCCAACCGAUCGCGAUUGUGGAUCGCUCGUUCGCUCGGCAACGACCGGAUCGGAGGCGACGACGAAGAGAUUCCUCUGCUGCCCGCGCCCGAAACGAGUAUAAAUAUUCCAGGAACCAUGUAAAGGCGCAACGAGGAUGUUAGCGACGUUCGGUAGAUACGACGGUGGGUAAAAAGAUAAGAAUGGCGAAACGCAAAACACACACUUGUAACACACUGCGUACACACUCUACGCACACACAUACCUAACCUACCUACACACGUUUACACACGACCUGCUCGGAAGACCGCGUGCCACAGACUGAAACUGAAAGCGUAGUGGGCCCUGUAUAGCCACGGCCUGUUAACAAUUAAAAAAAAAAAGAAAAAGACGUAAAGUUUAUAAGUAUAACUAUAUCUACGUUGCGCGAGAGAGGUAGGUCGCGCGUCGUCGGGCGAGCGAGCUUGUUCGCCGACGCGCAGUCAAUCGGGCCGCGGACGCGUCCGUCGUUGCGAAAUUGACGUCGGACGGUGCGCCGGGGGUCCGCUGAGACAAGGGUGAGAUGACGCGCGACGCAUCGACGCAUAACCACGAUCGUUUCGAUCUCUUCGCCGAACGGCCAAGUCGCACGACUCGUCGCUGUUUCGCGUGGGACGCCGUUACGAUACGCGUUACCGCGACACGCGUCGCGCGUCAUCUCUUCUUAAGGCUGCACUACACACACACACACACGUGGGAAUUGGCCGGAAUGUUCGACACGGUGAAAUAUCGGGAGGUAUAUCUCUAAGGCGUAUCGAGCGAUUCCGAUAACUUUCCGGGUGUAUACAACGGCUCGCUGGUAUGAGCUGGCGGGCUUAUCAAUCCCUAGCGGUACCAAGCGGUGCGGGGUUCAGUGCUUCGGAAGCUCAUCUUUGAGUUACCGUAUUUUUCUAUUCAUCUCAUAAUUUCAAAGAAGGAAAUGCGAGAACACGCGCUUGCUGCGAAUUAUCAAAUUGAAGAGUCGACCGGUUGAACUCGACCGUUCUUCGACUUUAAGUUCAAGUUUAACGCUUAACGUCAGUGGACUUCAGGAACAACCCCCGCGCUCGUCUCUCCACCACUGAUAAUAUACAAAACGGAAGAGGCCUUGGUAUCGCUAGGCUUAAUUCUUAUCCGGGCGGUUUUCAAAAAAAAAUAUAAAAGUUUCUCCGAAGUGGUUAUUCGACCAAAUUAUUGGCGAACAAGGAAUAUUAUACAGACGGUACGAGAAAGGCGAGUUCAAAGAGUUUUUCCUUUCUCGUAAUAAUCCCGGAACCCGGAUUAGGAUUAACGAAGACGCGAGUGCGAGCCGAGGGCGAUCGUGGGCUCGCGAUACGAAGUAUCGGGCGAAGCGGUCGCGCGUCGCGCGCAAACCGCGGACAGCACAUUUCCUGUUUCCGCUGCCCCGGCUCGGUCGUCCGGCGGAUUACUCUUGGCGACGCGACGUCGGGGCCUCUCACACGUAUAUUGCUCAGAAGAGAUCGGCGACGCCGCGCGUAGAGAACCUACCCGUCGACCCACCCCCGUCGAGGAGCUGCGGUGUCGUCGACCUCGCAGAUAUGGAACGAGGAGACGACGAAGACACGCAGAACGUGCUCAUAGAGAAAAAAAGAAAAAGAAAAAAAAAAGAGAGAGAGAGAAGAAAGCGGUGCGGACGAUAGUUGUAUUUUUUGAAACGCGACGGGAAACGCUCUACCCUCAAGCGAGAGACGACACACACACAGCGCGAAAGCCGGCAAGCCUCGACGAAAGUACACCCCGUUCCGUACUCGGUGGUUAACGAAGAGAGAGAGAGAAGCUGCGCGCGAUCGGGCAAGGAGUCCGCCUUUCGCUGAAAGCAGUCGCGUUCAAUCUCGAAUUCGGGAAAUUGCACGGAGGGGGGGAGAAGAUAAUUCGCCCCUGACGAAUAAUUCGGGAAAAUGUAAUCCGCGACGUGUCCGAUCGCCGCACCCCUCGUUCUUCCCCAUUCGUCGUGUAUCUUCCUUUCACUUCGGUGCAACCAGCACCACGCGCGUGCGUAAGAAGAAGUGAGAAUCUCACGGGCUCUCGACAAUCCGCCCGCAACAUUCGGCGAAUGUAUCCUACGCCUGGAGCUGCUUGUUGCACCUAGAGACGAGCGUGUGCACGAAUAAACUUAUCUUCUCCCGACGUGAUCACGAUUUGUAAGAAGUUCCGUUUUCCGAUAAGUCGUCUCUGAUUGCGAAGAAGAAUCUCGAUCUGUCUCUAGGCGCAACAAACUUUUCUUCUGGCUCCACGAAAUGCAAAUGGAAUGUAAACGCGUCCUAACGAAAAGCGAUAAUCGUCGUAAAUGCAGAUGUAAAUGUCAUUCGACUGAACUGCGUUUUUUUAUAACGAAUCGCCGCACUUUUCGAAAAUCUUAUGCGUAAAGGUGUAGAGAAUAUCGAACCGCGAGAAUAACGAAUUUAUAUUUGCGUCACGAUUCACAAGUGAACCCAUCAUUUAGGCGGACUUCUUUAAUCCUGGAAGGAUGAAAUCGAGUCGUCGCGAGCGGAAAUUCUUUUUCGUUCGAAACGGUUUCGGCGGCCGAGAGACACUUGCGCGAAGCUGCUGAAAAUCUUACACUCCUUCCGGGGAGAAAACCGGCUUCUCGUCACUAUAGCAAUAGGCACAUCGCCACGCACAUGUUAUGAUUUUCUUGAAAACUCCAAUUCAACAUUGGCGAAAUCGGACAGAAUCGAUCUCCAUGUAUAGCAUCGUAAUCUCUCGACCCGCGACUCGUCGUCGAGUUCUCCGCGUUACGCCUCUUGCGCCUCGUGCGAGCCCGAGGACGUAUGUCCGCAGAUCCGUGUUUACACAGGAUCGGGAAUUCGAUCGACCGAUGCCAUCGUCAUUGCGUGUCUGUGCGUAAGAUAUCUGAACGGCCGAACAAUAAUCGUGUAGUAUUAUCGCGAACGUAACAUCAUACUCGGAACUUGAUUUCUACUCUUUUGCUGAUUUCUCGAGUAUGUUCAAUUUUCAUCGUACAGUUCAACGAAAAAGAGACUUUCAAUUCUGAUGAUUAAAUUUUGUGCCAUUGCACAAUUCGCAGUUCGAUUAUUUGCCUGUUAUAGAUAUUUUUUUUUUUGUAGAACUGUGUAAUCUUCGAAUAUUUUUCAUCGAAUGCGAGAGUAUAGAAUAAUUAUUUAUUAAUAGUAGAUUAUAUACGUAGCAUAGAUGGACGGAGCGAUCGUCGGUCUCCGUCGUUUCUCCGAGCCCUCCUCCUCCUAUUCUUGAGCAAUUUCCAAAUUUCCUCCGCUUCGUCGAUCUAUGCAGCGUCUAUGAUUCGGAUAGUGCGCGCAGACUGUCGUUGUUUGCGCGUAAACAUCCGAUAUUACAGUGCUUCCGCACUGAGCCGGGAGCGAGCGACAUCGUGUAUAUUUAGGGAUAACUCUGUACGUGUUUCUACGUCACAGGUUCAACGGGACACAAUGCCAGUAUUUACGAAACGAUCACACGUAGAGAUCGGCGAUAGAAAUCGCGUAUCUACCUUCGCGACGUAACGUAGUGAGCUAGGGCGCGUUAAACGGUUAUUGAACUUCUCGAUAGCGUGCACAUCCGUCUGUGUAGGAAAUUUCGUGGAUGAAGUAAUCGUAAUUUUUUUCUCUUCUUUUUUUAUAAAGCUGAUCAUAUCGUUAAUAAGGCGGUUCGCGUAAAAUUUUAAUUCGCGUGAAAAUAAUAUCGACGACAAACGCAUCGGUGUUCCGGUGCAUCCUUCGCUCCGUUUCCCCGGGCGCGACGAGUUACGAGAAGAAACGAUCGAGAGAUUACCAUGAUUACUUUGAGCGUAUUAUAAAUUCUGCACGCCAAGUCGCUCGAAAAAAAAUUGCUCUUGCGCUUCCACGCACCGGGCGAUAUCUUGACACACAAAGCGCAAUCGUAGAAUCUACAUGUGACAAUAGAGCUGUAACGAAUGAGAAACGACUAUCUCCGAGAACUUCUCCUGAGUUGCUUGACUGACAAUGAGUGACGCGGCAUCGCGCACUGAAACAAGGAAUUAGAAUCGAAUGCUUUUCGAGUCACAUUUAGCGAACGCCGAACGCCUUUGUUUUGCGACCGAGCAACGAUUGCUUCCAACGUUUUGUCUCGUCUCCUAUCAUCGAUUCGCUUCCUCUUGGAAGCCGCCGCUCUCUUCAGUCUUCAAGACGAGACUUUCAACUAACUUUUAACGGUCGCGGACAAUUGACUGACGUAUAAUUAUAGAUUUCAUCUCGAAUCUACUGCACGCGCGCGCGCGCAGGCACACGUAUCCUCCUCGGUUUUUUCAAGCGGCGACAAGCAGAUGUUUCCGAAAUCGCGACCGGAAGUGGUACGGUGUUCGCUGUGUACCGAGGGGGCUGCACGGUGGCCGAAAGUCAAGAACGACCGCGUGCAAAACUUCACUCUCUCACUCGCUUGUCACUCGCUUGCUUGGAGUCACUUCAGUCCAGGCGAGAUCGAUCCGCACAAACCGAAAAAAAAAUGAAGAAAAAAAAGAACACAUAGCGUCUCGCAUACACAUGUACACACGAAUGUAUCGACCCUCGCACGACACACAAAGUACGAAGUCCCGUUGUAUCGCAGAUAUAAUUGUAAGCGCGCCAUAGAGCUCUCUCUCCCACGUCCGAGGACACACACCUAAAGGGUUUAAUGUUAUUGUUAUAUGCGUACGUUGUAAUAUAUGUGAACGAAGCAUGCCGAGUCCUGUAAACAAGAUAAAUUCCUCUCUUCCUCCCCCCACCCGCCCCCUCACCGCCCCCCCCCGACUCAUGCGAGGAGCUUGUUACACACGACGGGUAAACACAGGAACACAUACUGUGCGUGUCCCACGAAGAAAUCUCUGCGUUUAUUCGCGCACGUUACAUCGCGAAGAAAACACACACACGCACACACACACACACACAAUCCGACGAAAAAAAUCGCACUUCAACGUUAAACAUUACGAUUUAGGACAUCGGUAGUGUCGUUUUCUUACAAUCACGGACAGACAGCGGGUGAGUUUCCGCGGCCUCGGCCGAGAGAACAACGGCGCCCAUCUCAUUGAACAAAUUGUAUCGGAUACUCCUGAAUCGGGGAGGCACAGUAAAUUUUUACCCCGAAUUAUAAUUAACACUGUAACGCAGAUUGCCGAAUUGGAGUAUCCUGGAAACUUACUGUGCCUCUUUCAAUCGACUCGAAGUCCAAUCGUCGGAAAUUUCUGGCCGAAGCCGCGGGAUCUCGUCGCUGUAAUCGCGAUUGAGUCGUUCGAUGUCGAUCGCCGUCUCGAUUUAAACCCCCCCCCCCCUAAAACCCGCGCUCGUCCUGGAUAAGUAUCGACGAGCGAAUAUUAAACGUUGUCCAUGAUAAUCGUAAGGAUUGUGUCCUCCCUUGGCGAAAGCGGCGGAACAAUCGACUCGAGCGAGCGCGCGCCGAGAACGUAAGGAAGAUUAUUGCAUGUUUGUGAUUCUCGUGAGUGAUUCAAGUGCACGAUAUUCCAAGAUGUGUAACAUAAUAAAUUUGUAUCGUGGCACAUAGGAUAAAAAAAAAAUAAGAAGGAAUCUUCCCGCGUGAACUUAUUAGAUCGUCAAUUACACCGGUGUAACACGUUAUAUUGGUUGAUUAAUAAAAAAGAAAUCAUUCCUGUCUCGAGAAAUAUAUCACGUGGCCGUGUGUGAAACCUCAUCGGCCAUCCAGCGAAGCGAAUCGUACGAGAUCGACGCACGGAGAAUACCCGAUUGGGAGAACAAACGGAAUCGGUAUUCUAAAACUACCAUAAGAUCUUUAAGUACUACCACUGUAAUUAAGAUGGAAAUUCAAUUAAACAGAACGGGCGGGAAACCGAUCCUACACGUGAA